AUGAGAGCUCUUGCAUACUUCGCUAAAAACAAAAUACAAUUUUCUGAUGAAAUUCCAGAGCCAAGGAUUGAACUCGAUGAUGAAGUACUCAUCGACAUCUCCUACGCAGGAAUUUGUGGUUCAGACCUGCACGAGUAUUUAGAUGGCCCUAUCUUCUUCCCGGAAGACAAUGCGGUUGAAAAGAUAAGUGGAAAAGGUUUACCACAGCCAAUGGGCCACGAAAUGUCCGGUGUAGUCUCUAAGGUGGGGCCCGCUGUGACGAAGGUCAAGGUGGGCGACCAUGUUGUUGUAGAAGCCACCAGUACAUGCCAAGACAUCUAUCGCUGGCCAAACUCAUCUUUUCCAAAGGACGAGGAGUGUGGUGCUUGCAAGAAAGGAUUUUAUAACUGCUGCGGCCACUUGGGCUUCUGCGGUUUGGGUGCCUAUGGAGGUGGUUUUGCCGAGAAAGUGGUUACUAGCGAGAGACACGUCGUCAAAGUUCCUAACGACAUCCCUAUGGAUGUGGCAGCCUUGGUGGAGCCACUUUCAGUUGCUUGGCACGCAGUCCGCAUUUCUGGAUUGAAGCCGGGCCAGUCUGCGCUUGUUCUUGGCGCAGGUCCUAUUGGUCUUGCUACAAUUUUGGCGCUACAAGGCCAUAAGGCAGGCAAGAUUAUCGUUUCCGAACCAGCUAAGGCUCGUAGAGAACAAGCAGCUUUAAUGGGUGCUGAAACUUUCAAUCCUUUCGAUCACGGGAAAGACGCUGUCGAUGUUUUACGGAAGAUCGCUCCCGAUGGUGAAGGUUUUGAUUUUUCAUACGAUUGCUCUGGUGUCAAACAAACUUUCGACACUUCUCUACAUGCACUAACUUUUAAUGGUGUAGCUGUUAACAUUGCGGUUUGGGGUCAUAAGCCAAUCGAUUACUACCCAAUGGAUGUCACCUUGCAAGAAAAGUUCGUCACAGGUUCAAUGUGCUACACAAUUGAAGAUUUCAAGGCCGUCGUUAAGGCUUUGCAUGAAGGCUCCAUUGAUAUUUCAAGAGCUAAACGUAUGAUCACUGGCCGUCAGAAAAUUGAGGAUGGUUUCGAAAAGGGUUUCAUGGAACUCAUCAACCACAAAGAAACCAAUAUCAAAAUUCUCCUAACACCUAACAAUUUUAACGAAUUGUCUGAGUAA